AUAUUCAAAUCGAGUCUCUCCGCUGUGUAUUUUUCACAACAACAGAGUUUUUCACAGGAAUUUUAAAUUUGAUUUUUCCAAGUUUAAAUCAAUUACUUAAACAUGGUCGAGGCAUCAGAAACGAAUGGAGUUAAGCCAUUCCCAAUUGCGGGACGAAUGGUCCGUGAACGUGAGCGAUGUAUUGGAAUGACAGAUGAAGAAAGAGCUUGGAGAAAACAAUUUUUAAAGGAUCAAGUUAUAUCCGAUAAAGAGCCUCGAUUUGUUGCUGAAUAUUGGAAGGAACGUACUAAUCCUAUUCGUCGACUAUACAAGUUCCCAUUAGACACAGUUCAGAAGGCAUUGACACCGAUGUUGGGAUGGCAACGAGCAUACACAAUUCGAUUCUUCACUGGAAAGUUCGCAAUGGUAUUUGCUGGUAUCUAUGCUGGCUAUUACUACAUGAAAUACAACUCAAAUGAUUGGACAAGAAAAGGCGGCUGGAGAGUCAUUAAGAGUAGAACAGCAAUUUAUCCAGGCGAUGAAGGAUUCCCAAAACUUCCUGACCGAAGUGUACCUUCAGAUUAUGCCAAUCGUGGCUUCAAACAGUCACCAAUAUAAAUGUUUUUAACUGAAUGGAAACUUGUAGAAUAACCAAAAUCACUAAAUUGAAGAAUAAACUUUAUUUAAAAAUGGG